CCAAUGAUUGGUUGAGUGUCUAGUAGUCGUGUGACAACGCUCAACGGGAUCGGACGGUAGACUGUGUCAACGUGGUUGAAGUGAUGUCGUAAAAAAAGAACGGGAAAAGGGGAGCGAUAAUUAGAUUUCCGGUUAUUGUGGUGGAGCUACACGCAACAGUAUGGAGCCGUUGGACAUUUUGAUCUCGCUUGUGAUGCUAUGUUUCGGGGUGUAUCUGUUAAUUGACAAGCGGUUCCAGUACUGGACCGAUCGUAACGUACCACAAUCGAAGCCGGAGCUAGUGUUUGGGAAUGUGCGUGAGGUGAGCCGUACGAUUCAUCUGGCGGACAAGUUCCGGGAGAUUUACAACGAACUGAAGGGACGGCAUCCGCUGGUGGGAGUCUAUCUGUUCUUUAAGCCCGUAGCACUGGUCACCGAUCUGGAGCUGCUAAAGUGUGUGUUUGUGAAGGACUUCCAGUACUUCCACGAUCGGGGUACGUACUACAAUGAGAAGCAUGACCCACUUACCGCUCAUCUGUUCAACAUUGAGGGUCAGAAGUGGAAAAACCUUCGGAACAAACUCUCGCCAACGUUCACGUCCGGCAAGAUGAAGAUGAUGUUCUCGACGAUCAUCGCUGCUGGGAAACAGUUUAAGGACUUUAUGGAGGAAACGGUUCACGAACAGGCAGACUUCGAGCUGAAGGAUGUGUUGGCUCGCUUCACAACGGAUGUGAUCGGGAUGUGUGCGUUCGGUAUCGAGUGUAACAGUAUGCGUGACCCGGACGCGGAGUUCCGUGUGAUGGGCAGGAAAAUCUUUUCUCGCCCAAGAGGAAAAGUGAAGAGUAUGGUGAUCAACUCGAUGCCGCGACUUGCAAAGUUGAUCGGAUUGCGUACACUAGAUCCGGAGGUGUCCGAUUUCUUCAUGAAGGCGGUGCGUGACACCAUCAAGUACCGGGUGGAGAACAAUGUGCAGCGAAACGAUUUUAUGGACAUUCUUAUCCGGAUGCGCAGUGAUAAGGACACAAAGUCGGACGACGGAACGCUAACGCUGAACGAAAUCGCUGCCCAAGCGUUUGUGUUCUUCCUGGCCGGGUUUGAGACAUCGUCAACGCUGUUGACGUUUACGCUGUACGAGCUGGCAUUGAAUCAAGAGAUACAAGAUAAAGGUAGACGUUGCGUGAAGGAGGUACUCGAGCGGCACAAUGGGGAGCUGACGUAUGACGCCGUGAUGGAGAUGCACUAUUUAGACCAGAUACUGAAAGAGAGCCUUCGAAAGUAUCCACCAGUUCCGGUUCAUUUCCGAGAGACUUCUAAGGAGUAUCAGGUGCCCGGUACGAAGACGGUUCUCGCUGCUGGUACCUCCGUCAUGGUGCCCGUCUACGCAAUACACCGUGAUCCGGAACACUUCCCCGAUCCGGAACGGUUCGACCCAGAUCGGUUCACAACGGAACAGGAGGCGAAGCGUCAUCCGUACGCUUGGACACCGUUCGGUGAGGGUCCUCGGAUUUGUGUGGGACUUCGGUUUGGGAUGAUGCAGGCAAGGAUUGGACUUGCCUACUUGCUGACCGGGUUCCGGUUUAUGCCGAGCGCCAAAACAAUCGUGCCAAUGAAGCUGGACAUCAAGAGUUUCAUCCUGUCACCGCAAGGUGGUUUGUGGUUGAAGGUGGAAAAGUUGAGCUCAUAAAGUUUAGACGAAAUGUGAAGACUUCGCUGAGUGAAAUGUUGCAUUAGUUGUUAGUAUUGCCUGUAGUAUUAAUUCAGAAUAGCUCUAAGGAACGAUCUGCAUAAUUAAUAAUAAAAGUAUUAGAAUCGAACGUA